UGUUUCAGAAAAAAAAUCGGUGGAUGUAGAUCGUACUGCAUGACACUCGCUAUGUAGCAAGCUCGUGGCGUCGCUUCUCCCUGUUAUCUGCUCGUUUCCAGAAAGCGUGAGGGAAAAGGAAUGGGAAAGCGGAAGGUAGGCGAGAUGGCAAUCAACUUCGCGGCAGUCCUGAUGGCGGCGGCAGUGGUAGCUUCAGCGGUGACGGGGUCCGCGGCGCAGAAUCCGCCGUCGUGCGCUUCUAAUCUGGUGGGAUGCGCAUCGUACCUCAAUUCGACGACGACGCCGCCCCAAACGUGCUGCGGGCCGCUGAAGCAGACGGCUACCAACGACUUGCCUUGCCUCUGCGGCCUCUUUAAUAACACCGUCUUCCUCAAGGCUUUCGGCGUCGACCUCCAGAAGGCACUACAAAUGGCCAGGCGCUGCGGCGUUACCACCGACCAGAGCGCGUGCGCCACCGCCGCAGCAACGCCCUCGCCCAGCCCCGGAUCGAAAGGUCCAUCCUCCUCCUCCUCGACCUCGAAUACGACAGGCUCUUCUACCCCUACAAGCCAAAGUCCCAACUCUGCAUUUGUUAUCACUCCAUCUGAGUUCGGUGUGCCUGCUUUGAUGAGCUUAGUUUUGUCAUUGUUGCCGCUUGUGGCAUGAGAAGCCAUUGAGCAUGCUCCUUCUCUUUUGAGUGUUUGAUCUUUAAGGCAGUCUUUAAGUUAUCUGUUCUUGUGAGAGAAUGAACGAACAUUCGAGCUAAAAUUUUAUUUAUCGUCAAUCUUCCACCCACCAUAUGAACCCUAAUGAUUGUUCCUGCCUUUCUUGA